AUGGGAACACAUUUAUCCAAUCAAUUCACCGGUUCGUCAUUGGAGGAGGAACCGCCCGACCAUUUACCACCUGUAUCAACAGGGUCGACUACUCAAGUCAUCGGAACCACUGAACCAAUUCAGCACGAUCUGGAGGACGAAUCUCAGGACAUUACAAAGAACGGUCAAACUGGAGGUCAAAUCAGAGGUCAACGUGACAAUCUCAAAGAGCAAAAAUCUAGUGAAAAGUCAAAAGAUGACCUAACUGGAUGUGAAAUUAUCUACCAACGUGACAAUAACUUAACAAGAAGAGAAAGUCUGACAAGUUCAGGUCCAGUAAGCAUGGAACUCAACUCCACUGACAACGAUGUCAGCACGUGCGGACGUUCCACUCCCGAAGACGACAUCGAAUAUGAUCUAGAAACUUCGAGGUCGUUUGAGUUGGAUGAACUAAUUAUUGAAGCGAACAAUUUGAUCACGAAUAAAGAACCAGAGAGAGCCAAAAGGAUUAUCACUGCGAUAUGUGAGAGACUUCAAAGGUCUUAUAAAAAUGACGGAGACCGACAAUACCUCGACUACAGUCGUUACUAUCACGACUGUGCCGAUCUGUACCGAUUGGUAGGUGAUCCCAACCAUGCUCUGAAGAUGUUCUACAGAGGAGUGUUGUACCAGGAUGAUACCCUGUUUCUGGAUCACCUUCAAAUAUCUACAACACUUUGGAAAGAGACUAUGGACUCCGGCGCAUCUUUACAGGAAAUCCUGACUAUCGCCUAUGAGAUACAGGUUCUUGCUGACAGCAAGCUAGAACAGUGUUUGGGACGAGCGGUCGUUAUCCCGAUGUGUGUUUACAAUGACCUUUUACUGAUCUACAAAACCCUCCAGAUGAAGCACGUCUUGUACCCUGGCGUUUCGGAGGGAAAACUGAAGGCAUUGCUUCAAUGGUUAAAAUGCCUCCUUAUGGAUGGGAAAGUACCACAACAGGUAGCAGGAGUCUGUAAAAUAGUAUUAAAGGAGUACCCGGACAACGGUUCGAUCCUUGAAAUAUGGGCCCGAGCCCUACAGCAUAUGGGGAGGCUUGAUCUGGCUCUGAAGAAGACCGAACAAGCACUUCUCUACGUGAAGAAUCCAAAGCAUAGAUCAACACUGGAGGCUUUAAAAAGGGAUAUUACUUCCGCUGAAAUGAAACAGAUAAGUGCAACAGAGUCAAAGACACCUAUCAGAGCGUGGUUAGAAGGAAGCAAUUUCAUGGAACCUUACAGGAACAGUCCACGUGUCGAGGAAUUAAAGGAAAAACAUGUUAAGAAACCGCAUCGCAGACCCAAAGCUAGGCGGUUUAGCAUGCACUCUCCAAAUUGGACCGAAACGGAGAGACAGCAGGAAACCGCACGUUCGAAGUCAGCGUCGCCUUAUGGUGAUGGUCAUAUUAAGAAGAAGCGACGACGGCGUAAUACAGCAGGGUCCGAUAUCUCGUCUACUGGGAAUGGAAAAUUCAUAGCAAGUGAUUUGAUGGAUGACAAAGAAUACACCGCGAGUUUAGAAGACGGCGACGACCACUCAAUAGAAAGCGAUGAGGAAUUCAGCGUUUCCGAAAUGCUGAGAUCGAGCAUAUUUGAUCUGGAGUUGGGGAAAGCAGACGAAAGUGACUCCUCCGACGCAGAUGAAAUAAGAAAUGCUUACAUGGAAACGAUGUUUGAUCAAAGUGUUGAUGUCGACACAGAAAGCGCAGAGGAGGGCAUAAGAGAAGAUGAUCAGCACUUGAUUAUACAUGGAGCAGAUCUCUCUCCUAGGUUUGUAGACAGUUGUGGUUUUGAUGACAAAAGAAACUACUACACCAAUAGCCUGUCGAUGAACGAGCUAAAUUCCUUAACAAGAAAACACCCAGACCGUUUCAAGAAAUGUAUUCUCAAGAUAGAAUCAGCUCAUAAGGCGACGUGUGAGUUAUUACAACCGGAAGGUGAUCUGAAGGAAAUAGAGAUCAGUGGCAGAUCUAAAAGCGGGAAAAACUUCAUGGAUGAUGAAGUAGUGGUAGAGAUUCUAAGCAAUGAUAUCAAACAGUCUGAUGUUAUUCCUCGCUUAAACAAAACUCUGAAGACCUCUGAAAAACAAAAGACAUAUGGAAAAGUUGUUGGUAGAUUAAAUCGAAACCGAUUUCGAGAUAUAGAACAUCCUGUUUUUGUCUGUGGACUGGAUGAACUUGAAUACCAUUUGAUGCGACCGCUCGAUAAAACUGUACCAAAGUUACAUAUAUUCAACAGGCAUGUUACUAACGGUUUCCAGGUCGAGAUUUACGACUAUGACUCAAGUUCUUGUGAAUUGAAAUACAACAAAGUCGUUAACAUUAAACCUGCUUUAAAACAUAGUUACGUAUUUCUGGUUGUAUUCAUACGCUGGGAUGCAGUUUAUCCUCUUGGAGCAGUGAUCAAAGUUAUGCGGUCUGAUGGUGGAAUAAACAGUGGCUUGAAAAUCCUCGAGCUCCAGCAUCAAGUGCCAACUAACUACAACUAUGAUACAGUCCAAAGUGUUCAAAGCAUCAUAUGCAGAAUGCCAGAAGAACCUGCUCCAGAUCUGACAGAAGGCAGAGUUGACCUUUCGGAAACAUUAUCUGUUUUUACUAUUGAUCCGAAGAACUCCAAAGACCUUGAUGAUGGACUGAGCAUCCGAAAGCUUCCGGACACUACAAUAGAGGUCGGAGUUCACAUAGCAGAUGUAACCAGUUUUGUUCAGAAAGGAAAAGCUGUUGACGAAGAGGCAAGAAUAAGGGCUACGACAUUCUACCCAGGGCAAGGUAGACAAGCUUACCAUAUGUUGCCUGCACCACUGAGCCAAAAUCUUUGCAGCUUACUCCCAAACAAAAAGAGGCUCGCUUUGUCUGUAUUUUUGUACUUCAAAGAUGACGGACAUUUACACCAUCACAACAUUGAAAAGACCGUAGUCAAAUCGAAAAGACAAUUUAGCUAUCAGGAAGUACAAGACAUAAUCCUCGAGCAAACGGAAGAAGAAAUGGUACUGCGUGCUGAUAUCAUUGCUUUGUUCCAAAUUGCAAAAAAUUGUCGAAGGAGAAGACUUGGAGACGCCAUGCAUUCACUCCCAACAGAGGUGGACUUGCUUAAUGGUAGAGAAUAUGAAUCUUUAUUCGACACUUUAGAAGCACAUUACUUAGUUGAGGAAUUUAUGAUAUUAGCAAACACCGCUGCUGCGACAUUUGUGUGCUCUAGCAGCUUGAGAAACUGUGCUCUUUUGAGGUGCCAAGAUGCUCCACCAAAUGACAAAGUUAAUAAGUGGUUGUCCGAUUAUCCAAGAAUCGCCGACAUUAUUCUGAAACUGCAGAACAUGAAGCCAACUUCACAAAGACAACUGAAAAUAUCAAACGCACCGAAAGCGAGGUAUCGAGUUGUGAUCGAACUUCAAAAAUGGAUUUGGUCUUGCUUGGAACAAAAUGUCAAAGACGGAAAUUAUAGGGAUGCAUGGAAACUGAUCGGAAGUGACGAAUUUCAUCCUGAACAGGCUGUUGCAUGGAAUGAAUGGAUUUGUUUCCAAGAACAUGCAGAGUACAGAUGUCUCGGUUCCGUAAAUAACCGUAAAGAAAGAUGUCAUUUCACAUUAAAUAUUUCACCAUACGCACAUUUUACGUCACCGAUCCGGCGAUAUGCAGAUAUUGUGACACAUCGUCUUGUCCAUGCUGUCCUGAACAAGCAAAAUGCACCCUACACAAAGGAAGAAAUUGACGAUAUAUGCUACCAUAUCAAUGAGGUUUCAAAAAGAGCAAAGAAAUACGAGAAGCAGUGUAAGGCUUUACAUUUCGGUCAUGUCCUGAGACAUAACCCUGUUAUGUUCAACGGCCUCAUUGAAUCAGUUUCUGAUAAAAGCAUCCAGCUCCUAAUCCCAGGGAUGCGAGGUCUACCACUUGCAUGUAGAGAAGUCCCACUCAACCUUCUUAAUGUGUCACGUAAACCAAAAGUACAAGAAGACCGAGAUGAUGAUCGACCUUUCGACAUAUUAACCUUAGCCUGGCAAAAGAGACUGUACUCUCACAGAGGCUAUGCUCCCUCAACUAGAGGUCUUGCCGAGCUCCGAGUUGAUCCACAUCAGAAGGCCGUCUUUCAACAAUAUAAACGUUGGAUGGAUGUUCUGAAAGCUUUGUUUAGUCAUAACACUACAUCGCUAAAGAAGAUUUUUUCAGAAAAUGCAGAUUAUCAAGAAGGCGAUCAACUGAGAUCAUAUGUUCCAGCUUGUACAUCAACUGUCUCAGACGUUAGCUCUGAGGUCAGGCAAGGGGCCAUUACAAAGCAUUUUUGUGAGUUCAGUAUGUCUUUCAAUCAUGCACAAAUUCUGUCACUGCAAAUAGGCGCAGAACCACAGAAGGGGGUGCUCGUACCAAUACCCCAAAUAUUGGAUCUUACAAAUAAUUUCAAGCUAUGCUUGCAGCACCCGAGUGACCCUGUCAAAUACUUGGCCAAAUAUGCGACGACAAAAGCGCAUCCUCAAAACUAUAGGUCUGUAGCCGAAUAUCUCGAAGUAUGGCUGUCGUUGGUACGUAUGGAAGCUGCUACUAUGGCGGGCCACGAUGACUCAGUCAACGUCAAUGACCUCCCUGUAAAAUUGAAUGAAACGGAUGGAACAUUUUCCAUGACCAUAGAAUUCUGUGAAGAAAGAAACAUUGAGUUCAGCAGCAUGUCAAUGGAUUUCAUUCUGCACGGAAACGAAGAUGAGGACAAGAAGGACGAAGACAAGUACGUUCCUAGUUCCGACUACCUUUGUCUGAAGUGCUGUUAUGAUGUCGAUGAAAUUACAUACAGAAGUUUGAAAGGAUCUCCAGGAGGAAAACGAAUAUGGCUAGCGCACGGUCAAGUGGAUAAAAUAAAGAAAAUGAAGAAGAAAGGAAGAAUUGAAGUACACUUUUUGCUUCAUCCUUCGAGCCAGAUCCUACCUCCGCAGCUUCUCCAUUCCGAAAAGAAACCCAGAUGUAGUGUUGAGAUCAUGGCUAAACCAGAAUCUAACAGGAGAACUGAGGCAGCAUUGCUAUGCUUGGAUAAGGCAAACGGUUUGGCACAAGCAAUUGCUUUGGGGAAAAAAAUUCCAGCUUUAGACAAAAAUCACUUGGCGUUAGCAAGAAGAAUGGAGUUAGAGGUGGACGUGGUUGGACUAGCACGAAACAACUCCAAACAGUACGCGGCUAUACAAAAAGCCUUGACCAAUAGAUUUACGCUCAUUCAAGGUCCACCAGGUACAGGGAAAACUUUCACUGGGAUCAAACUUUUGUAUCUGUUUACGAAACUAAACAGAGUUUGGCAUCAAGAAGGCAAUCCACUUAAACAGGUGGUCUUUUGUGGUCCGUCGAACAAGUCCGUUGACCUUGUUGCAAGGUGGACUAGGAAAAAACUUGGUGAAUUAGCACCAAGAAUGAUCAGAAUGUAUGGUUCUUCUCAUGAAUGUAUGGACUUCCCUAUUCCGGGGAAUCUAUGGUCUGCGAAAUCACGUAGAGCUGAAAACAUGCCAGCUAAAGAUCUUCAAGACAUCGCUUUACAUCGUCUGAUCCGACAAGAAGGGAAGCCUCACGCCGAUGAAAUAUCAGUCUUUGACAAAUAUUUCCAGCGAUUCCGAGAUUGUCCGUCCUUAGGAGACACUGAUGAAGCAAAUGAGUUUAAGGAGAAACUUAAAGAGUACAAGUCUCUCUUAAGUAAGGCAGGACAGGAAGAACUUCAACACUAUGAUGUCAUUUUCUGUACAACUGCUAUUACUACUAACCCAAAAUUCAUCCGCGGUACAAAAAACAAAAUUUUUCAGUGUAUCAUUGACGAAAGCGGAAUGUGCACUGAACCAGAAACUCUUGCUACGAUUAUCUCUACAAAAGCUGAGCAGGUAGUUCUGAUCGGAGACCACAAACAACUCAGACCUGUAGUCAUGUGUCAGCACGCUGCAAAUCUCGGACUAGAGAAAUCCCUCUUCGAAAGAUUUUCUGAAAAGGCAAUAUUUUUGUCAACGCAAUAUCGAAUGCAUCCGCGGAUAUGCGAUUUUGUGUCGUCACAGUUUUAUGACAACAAACUUGAAACUGCUCCUUCACGUGUGUGGAAGGAGGACAACCCCCUCAGUAUCUGGAAAUACAGUGAGGUACCGCAUAUAUUCUGCCAUGUGGAAGGAGAAGAAGAAUAUUUAACUGUAUCAACAGAGGAGGGAAACGAACAGUCUUGUAGUAAUAAGGCAGAGAUUGAAAAAGUGUUGGAGGUCUUUCGACGUCUGGUCAAAACAGUGGAUCCUCGGUACAUCAACAUCAUAUCUCAGUACAACGCACAGUGUCACGCCAUAAAGGAAGGCUUAUUACAAGCAGGGUAUAUCAACUGUAAUGUACACACUGUCGUGUCAAGUCAAGGUGGAGAAUGGGACUACGUCAUAUUCACUACUGCAAGAUCGCUACCGCAUUACAAAAUCGAAGAUACACCUACUCUUGGUUGGUGUAAACAGAAUCUUGGCUUCAUCACUGAUGAACACCAGAUAAAUGUAGCUUUGUCGAGAGCUCGCAAAGGCCUCAUCAUCAUUGGAAACAAAAACCUGUUGAAAUGUGACAAAGUUUGGAAAAGGCUACUUGACCACUAUGCAAAAAGAGGAUGUGUUGUUGACGCCGGGGAAUAUCCACCUCGCCAAAAGAAGAGGAAAGCUGGCAAAAAAGCUUCACGUCAGACCUCUGUAGAGUUCUAUAACGGCACUGACUUAGCCUGAGCACAUCUAUGGUUCUAUGUCUACUAAAACGAAUAAGCUCUGAGGCCGGAAAAAACAUGCCAGUAUCACCAUUGUACAGAUGUCAUAUAUUUGGCUCUACUAACUUUUUCAUUCUUUAUAUUCCUUUCUGAUGUGUUUCGAAGGACAACUUAAUACAUGAUACAGAAGAUGUACGAUUAUAAAUCUAAAAGAUGAUCAAUUACGUCAUAUUGUUUGCAAUAUUCUUUUUCAUUCAUUAGAAUAAUAAAUUUUGUUGAAAUUUUGCUUGAAUGAUAUCAUCACAUGCUACUAAAUAUGUAUGUACCACUUCAUAAUAUGUUUAACUUUGAUAAUCAUAUUCACAUAUUCGCUGAUACAUUGAGGGCAUGCGAUAUGUUAAUGCUUUAUAAGUGUAUGAAAUGUAAACAACUCGGUUCUGGUGCAGGCAACAUUGAAUAAUAGUGAGUGAUGCCUGCACUCAUUGACCAUUCAGUGUGGUAUGUUACUGGAAGAAAAGUUCUACUGGAAGUGUUCUGGAUUUAGGUUAUAAUGAAAGGCCGGUGUAUGAUACUAGAAGAGUGGGUAAUAGUGAAGGGCCACUGUGUAAUACUAGAAAAUAAUUUCUACUGGAAGUGUUCUGGAUUUAGGUUAUAAUGAAAGGCCGGUGUAUGAUACUAGAAGAUGAGUUCUUCAGGAUCUAUUCUGGGUGCGGGUAAAAGUGAAAGGUUACUGUGUGAUACUAGAAAAUAAUUUCUACAGAUCUGUUCUGGGUGCGGAUAAAUUUGUGAUACUAGAGGUUUUGGUCAGAGAGUAUAUUUGAGUAAUGAAAUUUCACAUUGUAUACUCCACCACGACGCUAGAUAUUGUGCUUUAGGAGAAUGAUUUAUAUGUUCUCUAACAGAAUCGAUUUUAUAUGAUAUCAUUAGGUAGCAUUUUACGUGCAUGAAAUUGUAUGAUUUUCACUGAAAUGAACAUUCCGUUUGUAUUUGUCUUCACUAUAAAUAUUACAUACACGUUAAACAUGUACUAUGGUAAUAUGACUAUGUUAAACAUGUACUACGGUUAUAUGACUAUGUUAAACAUGUACUACGGUUAUAUGACUGGUAAACAUGUACUUCGGUUAUAUGACAUAUUAUUAGCUGUAUAUACAUUUUAAACUAGGGGACAAAAGCAGUAUUAAAUCAUGCGUAGCGCUGUUUUGAGUGCAGCUAACAUCGUUAACAUAUUGAACUAGUCAAUCAAAAUAGGAAUGUAAUGUUGUUAGUUUUGUAGUAUUUCAUGAUCGAUGUUCCCUGAACUCGUAAUCACGUCUUAUCUGAUAAUAGCGUUAUAUAUGAUAUAUGUUGCCCUUUGUAUAAAAUUAAGUCGUGCAUAUUAGAUGAUCAUAAAUGUCUAUUUAAACAUGUAUAAUUCACAAAAAAAAUAGUUGAUGUACUUACAUACUUCUAUUUAUGUUGAUUACACGUAAUCUCCGUCCACAUUUUGUACCUAACUCAACACAAUCAUUUGUAUCAAUUUGUAGCGAACUAAUUGUUCUGUUGUUUUAUAUCUCGAAUGCUUCUUUAAUAUCUCGAAUGCUUCUUUAAUAUCUCGAAUGAUUGUUUUAUAUCUCGAAUGAUUGUUUUACUUUUUUGACGAGA